CAAGCCGCGAACGGGGAUUGGCUGGAAAAGGGAGAGGGCCUCUUCAGGGCGGGGCGGCUCGAAAGCGAAGGUGGGAGGGGCCAGGAGCCACGCCCCUGGCCCGAAGUGGGAGGAAGCGACGGUCCUCAAGAUGGCGCCUGGUUCCCAUAGCAACCGCUGAAGGCCGAAGUGAGAAGGAAGUCACGGGUGAGGACACGGAGCGCCCGCGCGGCCCUCGCCGGGCGGGGAAAUCAAGGGCCUGCUUGGAGGAGAGAAUGCAGGCACUUCGUUCCUGUUCUCUUGGACGAGAUAGAGGACGGGUUCCUCUGGGAGCCUAUGCAGAAGAAGAGUUGUAGUGCACGUUUCCCCAGCGGGCUGAACAGCAUGUUCCAGCUGCCGCUUCCUUUGGACCGAGAUGGGACCCUCUUCCGGCUGCGCUUUACCACCCUGGCCGUUGGGACGGUGUGCUGCCCGCUCUUUGGCUUCCUCUUCUGUGUGAUCUGGUCUCUGCUCUUUCACUUCCAAGAAACCACAGCCACUCAUUGCGGCGUCCCCAACUAUCUGCCCUCCAUUAGUGCCGCGAUUGGCGGAGAAACACCUCAGCGCUAUGUCUGGCGUUUCUGCAUCGGGCUGCACUCGGGACCCCGGUUCCUGGUGGCUGUCGUCUACUGGAACUACUAUCGGGGCUGCCACAGCACGAACCCCAAGUACCCCUGCCUGUGCUCCAAGGCCUUGGUCCUCAACCUGCUGGAGAACGUUGCCCUGCUGCUGCUGACCUACGUCUCCUCCUCUGAGAACUACCUCAUCCACAAGAGCGCCUUCAUCCUCUUCAUCUUUUCGGCCCUCAGCCACAUGCUUCUGACCUGCACCCUGUGGCGGAUGACUAGGAAACAUACAGCAAGUCCUGAGGAGCGCAAGUCAUACAGCUGGAAGUGCCGGCUGUCCCUCUUCAACCUGAUCACCUUCUCAGUGGCUGUGGGCUUUUAUUUCCUCCACAACUGGUCCUGCGCGGCCGGAGUGUACACAGUCUUUGCCCUCCUGGAGUACUUGGUGGUCCUUUCCAACAUGGCCUUCCACAUGACAGCCUGGUGGGACUUCGGCAACAAGGAGCUGGUGGUCAGCUCCCAGCCGGAAGACAAGCGCUUCUAGUGGACGCCUCCCUGCCCAGGCCAGCCGGGCCCGCGGCGGGAUGUCCUCGGGCUUCCACAUGUCCCCAAAUGGUUCCGGACAGGAGCUGGCAAGAGGGCCAGAGAGAACUCGGCACCCUGGCCCUGGUCUGCUCGCUGUGGAUGUGGGUGCUAGCUGUGGUGGGCCCUGCCCCCCCCGGGCCAACCUUCCUCCAUUUUACCUUCUAAAAGAUGGAGUAGCCUCCCCAAGGAGGCCAUCAUGCUGCAGCCGCGUGGAAGGAUGGGAAGGGUGGCAACGACGAGGCAGGUGCCGGGUCCCUCUGCUGCUUGGCCCUUAGCUGGUUGGCGGAGCAGCUCCGACUCGUCCGGUCGUUGUCUCGGGCAGCGGCUGCUUUGCCUCCUCGGCCACGCCGGAUCCUCUUCUCCUGGAAUGGUUUCGUCUGCCCAAGAGACUGGCUCGGUCUCCGCCAGUUUCUUGCCAAGCCCGGCCACCGGGACACCUGAGGGGAAGGAGUUGCCGGAGGAAUUUAUGAGAACACCCCUUCUCACGGAUCUCCUCUGAAGAAGCCGCCUGCAGGAAAGGGGCCGGCUGUGGACGUUGAACUGCCGUCUGGCUGGCUGGACAGCCGCUCCAGCCCUUCCCCUCCGUUCGCCAUCAUGUGAAGUAUCAUUUUGAACCUUGGUGCCGAUGGGAGGACCUCUGGGGCCCUCCAGAAGCAGCCGCUCCUUAGGGCCCGUGUGGCAGCAGAGGGGGUGUGUGUGUGCCUGCCUGCCUGCCUGCCAUCGCCACUCCUUGUUUUGCAACAGUGAAAGAAAGUCUCAGCAAUCCUGGCUGCUGAUGGAAGGGUCACCUGAUGACAGGCCUCAGCUGAAGUGUUUGGUUCAUUGUGUGUGUGUGAGUGUGAGUGUGUGUGAGAGAGAGAGAGAGAGAGAGAGAGGGAAAGGCCCGUUGGGUGGAGCAGACUGGAGACCCGCCCUGUGAGUGUUCCCAGUGGCCCAGCUGGGCCUGGUUCCCACCCCACCCAUUAGUGUCUACUUGACGGUGGGCCUUCCUGUUUUCUACCCGGGCACCCUCUGCUCUUGUUGCCAAAGCCUGCUUGAAGAGGAGGAGGCUGCCUCUCCUCGCUCCCCAUAUAAGCUCUUUCUCAGAAGAAGGGAAGGAAAUGUCAGCAAGGAUCAGCUCUGGUCCUCGGAAGGAGGGGCUGUAGCAAGAGUCGGGAAGCAAGACUAAGGGUGAUGGGCAAGCGGCCCCCUGGGCCCCAGGGUCAGUGCCAAAGAAGGGGAGGGCAGACCAGGGCCUGUGGAAACAGGUGUGUGUGUGUGUGUGUGUGUGUGUGUGUGAGAGGACAGGACCAGGUGCUCAGGUUGCCCCCCCUGCCCCCCCCCACCUUGGCCAGCAAGCCCUUAAAAGGGACCUGGCUGCAGAUGUUGCUCUCCCUGGCAUGAAAACGCCUCCCCACUGUCCCCUUUGUGCCGGUAUGUGUUUGGUGUGCACGAGACUGUGUGCGGGAAAACUUUGUGCUGCCGGAUGUCUCUUUUAGUGGCUUCUGCCCCACCAGAAUAUAAAGCAAAAUAAAGUAUUUUAAGGCACG